AAAGAAACAGGAAACUCCACCGAUCUGUUCGCCACUUCAACAGCAGUGGAAGAAGCGGAGUGUGAGACUAGGCGCUAAUGACUCAAUUUUCACCUUAUUUUUAAUCAACCAUGGCGGUCAAGGCACUCGACUGAUUAUUGUCACCUUCCGUGUUUGUUUUUUUUAAACUUUAGACACUCCAGCGCUUGGAAAACGCAAGUUUGAAGAGCCCGUGUGCGUGCGUGAAAGAGUUGGGCGUGAGACGUCGGGGUGGCUCCCUCACUUAAACCACUUGUGCAUGAUAUUUCUUUCUUGCUCGCAUUUUUAGCUUCUUUUAUCGUCCGAAAGCGUUUAAAACUCCAGGAAAAUGGGGUGCACCCUGAGCUCGGACGACAAGAGCGCCCAGGAGAGGAGUAAAAUGAUUGACAAAAACCUGAGGGAUGAUGGAGAGAAAGCGUCGAGAGAGGUCAAGCUGCUGCUGCUGGGGGCUGGUGAAUCUGGAAAGAGUACAAUUGUCAAACAGAUGAAAAUCAUCCAUGAAGCAGGCUACUCAGAGGAAGAGUGCAAACAGUACAGAGCUGUGGUCUACAGCAACACAAUCCAGUCCAUCAUCGCCAUCAUAAGGGCCAUGGGCCGCCUGAAGAUUGACUUUGCAGAUCCCGGACGAGCUGAUGACGCAAGGCAGCUGUUUGUGCUGGCUGGCUCGGCGGAUGAGGGAUACAUGACGAGCGAGCUGUCAGGAAUCAUCCAGCGGCUGUGGAAGGAUGGUGGCGUUCAGGCUUGUUUCAGUCGCUCCAGAGAGUACCAGCUCAAUGACUCUGCCUCAUACUACCUGAAUGACCUAGACAGAAUAUCCAGUCCUUCCUAUGUCCCAACUCAGCAAGAUGUCCUGAGGACCAGAGUGAAGACCACCGGUAUUGUGGAGACCCACUUCACUUUCAAGGACCUUCACUUCAAAAUGUUUGAUGUGGGCGGCCAGAGAUCUGAGAGGAAGAAAUGGAUCCACUGUUUUGAGGGAGUGACCGCAAUCAUCUUCUGCGUGUCUCUCAGCGACUAUGACCUCGUCCUGGCUGAAGAUGAGGAAAUGAACCGAAUGCAUGAGAGCAUGAAGCUGUUCGACAGCAUCUGCAACAACAAGUGGUUCACGGACACUUCCAUCAUCCUGUUUCUCAACAAGAAGGAUCUGUUUGACGACAAGAUCAAAAGAAGCCCGCUUACUAUUUGUUUCCCUGAGUAUACUGGAUCCAGCACGUAUGAGGACGCAGCCGCUUACAUUCAGUGUCAGUUUGAGGACCUGAAUAAGAGGAAGGACACCAAGGAGAUCUACUCCCACUUCACCUGCGCCACCGACACCAAGAACGUGCAGUUCGUCUUUGACGCCGUCACUGACGUCAUCAUCAAAAACAACCUUAAGGACUGUGGGCUCUUCUAAAACAAACCAUCUGACUGUGUGACGGCGAGUGGGCUGAUGUGAAAUCUUUGGGAGAACCGGAGCAGGAGAAAGGUCAACCAUGAACCUGAAUGUUAAAUGCGUUACUUAACUUUAUAUUUAUGUUCUCCAAACAUUUUAGAAUUUUUUAGAGCGUUUUAGGGAAAAAAAGAGCAUUUUGUGUAAAAUAUUUGUACAACUGUAAUUGUUGCUGGAGUUUUUCACCGUUUUUAGACUGACUUUACAGGUCCUUUUAUAAGGGGAUUUUUCAUUCAAAGGGAUUUUGGGAACAUUAUUCUGUCUCUUUCUGUCUUUAAGGUCAUGUGCCUUGCAGUUAUUGUUGCAGUGCUUUUUUCUCACUUCAGCCAAGUUAAAUAAGAGCCGGCUGAUAUUUAUCCACACAUCUUAGUAGUCUAGACUAUGAAAGCAAGAUAUUUUGAGACCAAACACCUGCGGGUGAUCUCAGAGCUGUGAAUUCAAUGGGGAAAAAAAAUCCAAGCAUGUCUGAAACUACUCGCAGGGUCAGAAUAGUUCAGAAAACCCUUGUGUGAUCCGAGCGCAGCCGUAAGUACGAGUGUGCGUGUUGUCAGAUUUGCCUGUGUUUUGGAAUGAUGGAAAAACUGUGGUGAGCCUGAUGAAAUGUUUCCUCUGCACCUGCAAAUCAUGAACUGUUUUAAUGGAGAGGCUUUUACAUGAAUAAGCAUUUUUUUUAUUGAUCAAAGGGAACCAUUUUUAAAUCCAUUGAAAGGGACCAAAGAAUUUCUCUUCUGAAUUCCUAUAACACUUUUCUUUUUUUGCACUAGGUCCACAUAGCCAUGUUACAUAACACAUGAUUUGAUAACCUGUACAAUGUAAUGUCAUAUAGAAGCCCUUAGUAGGAAUCUUUUCUGAUAGUAACACGAUCAAUUAAAAUGGUUUCAAUUUCACAUCCCUUAAAUGUAGGUUCUCAUUGGAUGGGAACAAAUGUUGACUAAUAUUCACUAUUUUGCUAAUAAAAAUGCUGUUGAAAUAACAGCAUCCUGAAAUCA